AUGAAAUAGAUCCUUUCAUAGAGCUUUACAAAUGAAUCUGCACCGGCAUUCUUUAGAUAACAAUCAGAAAAACCAACUGUAUUGUCAAAGUAAUAAAAUAAGAAAGAAUAUGAUGCUAAAGAAUUGUAUGCUUUAAUUGUCAAUCAUCACAUGAUUAAAGAGAUUGGGAUUAUCAAAAUCUAUAAAGAAGAAGAUCGAACAUCCAUUUUAAAAAACCAUAUUGUGAAUUACGUAAUCUAAAUAAAAACAGAUUAUACAGAUUAUACGAUUCCAAAAAGAUAUUCUGAAUUUGAGAAAUUAUAUGAUUCAGUAAAAAUAUAAAAAGAAGUUAGCUACUAAAAUCUUAGAAGAAUAUGCCCAAGUUCCCUUCAAAAAAAGUAAUUUAAACGAAUUCUAGAAAAACAAUAGCAAAAAGAUAAGAAAUGCUUGAAAGUAAAUUAAGAAUGUAAUUAGAAUUUUUAUAAUAUUUAAUAUAAAAUUUAGACCAUUCAUUAUACAUAUUUUUAGAUUUUCUAAAAAUUAAAGGUAUUUAUAAGAGUCAUAAAAAAAUUUAGAAUAAUUCUUAAAAGGUGGUUUUGAUUAAAAUGUUAAAAUGCAUUAAUUUAGUAAAGAUGAAAAUGCUUUAUAAGAUCUUUUGGAUACAAGCCCAAAAAAAAUAUAACCGAAUAAUUAGGCUGAAUAAAUGAUAUUUCAUUAUCUAUAGAAAUUAAAUAAUUAAAUUGAUGAAAGAGGCAAAAUAUUUUAGUAAAUUAUUUGGUUGUAAUUUUUAGAAAAAUGGAGAAGUACUAUUUUGGUAAAAUUUAAUAGAUAUCUCCUCUUCUUUUAAAAGUCCUACUGAUAGGAGAUGAUGAAAGAGAACUUCAAGGAAUUAUGUAAGCACUAUCAAUAUAGAAUAAUGACAUAUAAAGUCAUAUAAGUUGCAUAAAUGGAUUUUAGUUUUUUAGGAAAAUAUUUGAAUUUGAUUACAAUCCAAGUAAUGAAAUUAAAGUUUAUUUAAUAGAUGCCGAAUAAGCUAUAAAAUUAUUCAGUGAAAUAAGUAUAAAAUAGUUUAGAACAAUGAAAAUUUAAUAUCACAUAUGUGGAUAAUAAAAGUUAUGUAAAUAAGAUUCAUUGAUGAUUCUAAAUAAAUACAUACAAUAAAAUUAAUUAAAAAAUGAAAUGAUUAACUAUUUAUUGAAUGAUGACGAGGCUAUAAGAGAAUAUGAAAAUUAUGUUUUAACAUAUAAGAAUAAGAUAAAUGAAGAAAUUAAAUAAUUAAAAGAUAGUAUUGAAAACAAUUAAGAGUUGUUACCUACUAAAUCAAACUCAAUAGAAUAUGCUAUUUUAGAAUAAGAACCUUCACUUGAUUAAUUGUUAGAGAUUAGUUAGAUGAAUCUAAAUUGGAAAUAUGUUUAAGGUAAGCUAUAUAUAUAAUUAAUAAAAGAAUGUGAGGGACAUAUUAUGUAUCAUCUAUAAGGUUAGUUUAUAAAAACAAUUCAUCCAGUUGAAUGUUCUAUAGAUAAGGCUAUCAAAAUAUUCACUGAUUUGAAAUAAUAAUGGUUUCAUGGUAUGAUUUAGAAAGAUAUCUUGGAAUAAAUUGAUGAAAAUAAAAGUGUUAUUGUUGAAUAUUAUGUUUGGGAAGAUAAAUCAACAUUUAAGAAAAUGGCUUUUGUCAGUGAUUAAGAGAUUAUAAAAAUUAAUGAUUUUACUUAUCAAAUUACCAUAGUACCAAAUAACAAUCAAUUACCAAGUCAGUAUAAAUUAAAAUGUGAUUAAAAAGGUAUUUAAUAAAUCAUAUAUUCAUAGGUCAAAAAAUGAGUGUUUUUUUAGUGAAAUAAAUAGAACUAAAUCAAUCUGAAGUUAUGAUAUUUUAAAAUAUAAUGGAUCUUACUUUUAGAACAGCUUUAACACCAGUAAUAUUGAAAGAGAUUCCUUGGUUCAAUAAUACUAUAAUUAAACUAAAAGCUCUACUUUGA